CUGGGGGUUACCUUCUAGACAGCAUUUACAUUCACUGGUCAGCUGUUCGCUGACUCGCAGCUCUCAAGUCCCUUUAAGACGGUUUAAUUUUUAUAAGGGUUUUUAGAUUAUGACCGUGAACAACAUGGCAGAUCCACGACGAUCGAACAAAAUUUUUCGCUACAAGCCUCCCAACACAGAAACAAAUCCCACACUGGAAGACCCUACGCCGGAUUACAUGAACCUGCUGGGAAUGAUCUUCAGUAUGUGUGGGCUGAUGCUCAAGCUUAAAUGGUGCGCCUGGAUUGCGGUGUACUGCUCGUUCAUCAGUUUUGCCAAUUCGCGAAGCUCAGAAGACACCAAACAGAUGAUGAGCAGCUUCAUGUUGUCCAUAUCUGCAGUCGUGAUGUCGUAUUUGCAGAACCCACAGCCCAUGUCUCCGCCCUGGUAACAAAUAAUCCAGACUCAGUAGGCCAUCUCAGCGGGGAACGUAUGAGAGCCAGAGAGAACCAGCUGAUCCUCCCAAUGUCCUUCUGGAACACUGGGACGGAAAAUCAGAGGCUGAAAAAUUGCCCAAUGUAGCUCCCGUUUGACCUUUUUAAUUUUCUCUGUGCGCUCCACUUUUUUUAAGUGUGCUUUGACCACACACUGCUAAAUAUAUACUAUGAAUGAUUUUGAGAAAUAAAUGUUUCAAAAGACA